UCAUAAAGUGCAGCAAACCGAGCUGCUGUGUACCUCUGUGCCGAGUCGCAGUCAAGUGUCAUUGGGUUCUGUCAAAGUACGCACGGCUUUUCCUAGGAUAUGUCCUUCAUUAGCCAAAUGUAUAAUUGUACUUAAGAAGACGUUGACUCCUAUAAUCUGCCUGCGUUUCAAUAGAAUCCAAGCAAUUUAAGUCGAAAAAAUAAUUACCCAAAUGCAAAUAUAGAAGUGCAGGUCCAAGCAGCGAAUAUGUGAUGAAGUAACGAGGGCGGCUGUACGUCAUGUCUUCAGGGAGCGACGCAUUGUACAGAGGCGGCUCGCUGCCCUCCAAAAAAGUUCCGAACACAAGUUACCGCAGGGGAUAUGGCAGUUCAGACAAGCGUUUUCCGAUGCCCAUAAUGGAGGAGAGUCAGUUCCUCAUCAGACUGAAAAAGGAAACCGAACAAAAGCUUCAAGUAUCAGAAGAUGAUGAUGAGGAGGAGGAAGACAACGAGAAGGAAGCGGCAGCAGAGGAGUUGGUGACCUUCCUGGUGCAGACUGACCGCGUGGUGGUGGUGAGAAAGGAGAGGUCGUGGGGAUGGAAGCUGGGCUGCAUCAGACGCUACGGCUACACAGAGAACGACUUCUAUUUUGAGUCGGGUCGAAAAGCAAGAACAGGGGAAGGACUGUUCACCUUCCUCACUGACAGUGUAAGUCAUACUCGGGGGGAGAGGAUUCAUUCCCGACUCACCAUGAUGAAAGAAUUCUGCCAGUUUGAUCUGUACUGUCAACGAGGCGUGAUUCCAGACCUGCUUCUGGUCAAUAACCCGCCAAACCGAGCUGCCAGUCUCAGAGAUAAAAGUGAGCGAAAUCUUGACAAGAAAGAAACAAAUGGCCGACGGACUUCCACUGGCUCCCUGCCCUACUGAAAACAUGCUGUCACUGCCACCGUCACUCUGGCUUCUCUCCUUAAGGGAGUGACCUUUGUACUUCAGUAAACCAAGAUACUAAAACCCGCUUUAUGCAUGAAUAUAAGAAGCUGAAAAACUAUGGUUAUGGUGAGUGAGUCAAUCCAGCACUGAUGGAUACAUGUACUCUGCAUAUAAUGAAGCUGAAGAUCACCUUG